AUGGCCCGAACCAAGCAAACCGCCCGCAAGUCCACUGGAGGAAAGGCUCCCCGCAAGCAGCUGGCCACCAAAGCUGCCCGCAAGAGCGCCCCUGCCACUGGAGGUGUCAAGAAGCCCCACCGUUACCGCCCUGGAACUGUUGCUCUCCGCGAGAUCCGUCGCUACCAAAAGAGCACCGACCUCCUCAUCCGCAAGCUUCCCUUCCAACGUCUUGUGCGUGAGAUUGCCCAAGAUUACAAGAAUGAUCUUCGAUUCCAAGGAUCGGCGGUUCUGGCUCUUCAGGAGGCUGCUGAAGCCUACUUGGUUGGAUUGUUUGAAGAUACCAACCUUUGUGCCAUCCAUGCCAAGCGUGUCACGAUCAUGCCCAAGGAUAUCCAGCUGGCCCGCCGCAUCCGCGGUGAGCGCACCUAA